UUCCAUUGGUGGCUAUUCAUUUCAUUUUUAUGAUUUCUUCAAUAUUCUCUAUUCAUCAUCAACAUCUUCCAUCGGUGGCUGCGAGAGAGCUUGUCUUGCUCAAGGAUUCUAGGCAUGGCUUUCGAGGCUACGAAGGAAAGACAGAUUAAUGGGAAGUGCAGAAUCCAACCCUGGUGCCUUGUUUUGACUGGUUUUCUUUUGUGGUUCUUAUUGCUUUUCUUCUACCGUUCUGGGUCCGUAAUUAGCCUGAACGAUCUCCAAAACACCAAUUUUGUUGAUUCUAAUUCUACUGAUGUGCCUCUGAAUUCCGAUGAAACUUCUGGGUUAUUGCCAAUCAAUAGGGAUAUUUCUGUUCUUUCAAAAACAGGGGAUUUGGCAGACCCCGAUAAGGAUGUCAAUGUUGCAGAUAGUCCCAUUGAAAAUUUCUUCAUCGGAGGUGAUUGGGAUACGGUGUUGGAUGAUUUAAAGGAUCCGAAACUUGCAGAGUUUGAAGCUCAAUCUGAUAAGAAAACUCUAGAUUUGAAAGAGGAAGAAAAAUUGGGCAAUAUAGUGCCCGAGAAGCCUAAUGAGACUAAUGGGGCAAGGCUUGAAUUGGCUUCUGAUUCAUGCAGGGGCAGAUACAUUUAUGUACAUGAUAUUCCUAGCAGGUUCAAUGUGGACUUGUUAAAGAACUGCAAAUCGCUUCGGGAGUGGACGGAUAUGUGUCCGUUGAUGGUGAAUUCAGGCCUUGGUCCCCAUAUUCCAGGCACUGCUGGUUGGUUCUCAACGGACCAAUUCAUGUUAGAUGUCAUUUUUCACAACAGAAUGAAACAGUACAAGUGCUUAACAAAUGACUCUUCCAUGGCUUCUGCAACCUUUGUGCCUUAUUACGCCGGCCUUGACGUUGCUAGGUAUCUGUGGAAUUUCAAUGCAUCGACUAUAGAUUCUAAUGCUCUUGAUCUUGUCAAGUGGUUGAGGGAAAAACCCGAGUGGAAGAAAAUGUGGGGGAGAGACCAUUUCUUUGUCGCCGGAAGGAUAACUUGGGAUUUCAGGAGACUUUCCGACCAGAAUUCUCAAUGGGGAAGCGAGCUUCUGUUAAUGCCUGAAUCAAAAAACAUGACAGUGCUAGUCAUUGAGUCGAGUCCGUGGCACAGUAAUGAUUUCGCAAUACCAUAUCCAACAUAUUUCCACCCAUCAAGUGAUAUGGAAGUGUUUCAAUGGCAGAACAAGAUGAGGAGGCAGAAAAGGAGAUUCUUGUUCUCUUUUGCAGGUGGGUCUAGACCAAAUCUUCAGAAUUCUAUUCGUGGUGACAUUAUCAACCAGUGUCGUGCCUCGCAGAGGAAAUGCAAACUACUCGAAUGUGUUUCUGGUUCAAACCAGUGCUACAAACCACUCAAUGUAAUGAAGAUGUUUCAGAACUCUAUAUUCUGCUUGCAGCCUCAAGGGGAUUCAUAUACCAGGAGAUCGGCUUUCGAUUCAAUCUUGGCUGGGUGCAUUCCAGUUUUCUUUCAUCCUGGUUCCGCUUAUGUGCAAUAUAUAUGGCAUCUACCAAAGGAUUACACAAAGUAUUCCGUGUUCAUAUCAGAAGACAAGGUUAAAGAAAAGAAAAUCAGCAUUGAGAGAGUACUAUCAAGGAUUCCGAAACGGAAAAUGUUAGCGAUGAGAGAAGAAGUAAUAAGGCUGAUUCCUAGGGUAGUGUAUGCAAAUCCAAAGUCCAGAUUGGAGACCCUUGAAGAUGCAUUUGAUGUCACAAUCAAUGGAGUUGUUGAACGGAUCGAAACGACAAGGAAGGAGGUUAGGGAAGGGAAGAAUUUUACUUCAGAACAUAAAGAAGAGUUGAGUUGGAAGUAUAAUUUGCUUGGGAGAUACGAGGAACAUGAAUGGGAUCCCUUCUUUGCAAGAAUAUAGAGAGGACAAUGACAUCAAGGCAAUUGUGUAGGAGUAAUUAAUAAGAAAUAGGACUAGAUCAAAGAAGAUAGUUGAAGAAACAUAGAAGAUUUCAUUUUUGGAUGUAUAGAGGAACAUUUGAUCUUGUGAUUGUUUUAUGUCAAUAUGCAGUGAUUGUUCUCUAACCUAUUGAUUGUUCUUAUGCCAAUGUAUGGCUGUACAUUCUGUGCAGCCUUUGUUUUGAACUUUUGAGCCUGUAAAAUGUUGUAGUUAUUUAAAGCAAAUUCAUCACA